UUUCAUUUUCCGUGUGAGGCAAUCCUCGUUGGCGGAAAGAAGAAAGGGGCGAUCCAGAAUUUUCCCGCUCAUUUUCCUGCAUUCCAAACAAUGGCACCAAAAUCGGAUAGCGCCGAAGCGAUCGUGUUGAACUUCGUGAACGAGCAAAACCGGCCGCUGAACGCGCAGAACGUGGCGGAUGCGCUGCAGAAGUUCAACCUGAAGAAAGCGGCGAUUCAGAAGGCGUUGGACAGCCUGGCGGAUGGAGGGCGCAUUUCGUUCAAGGAGUACGGCAAGCAGAAGAUUUACCUCGCGCGCCAAGACCAGUUCCAGAUUCCCAACAGCGAAGAGCUUAAUCAGAUGAAGGACCACAAUGCUCAACUGCAGAAGCUGCUAGAGGAUCAGAAGAAGGCUAUUGCUGAGGUUGAAGCAGAAAUUAAGUCAUUGCAAUCAAAUUUGACACUGGACCAGAUCUUUGAAAGAGAAGUAAAUCUGAGAUUGGAGGUUCAAGAAAUGGAGGAGAAAUUGACCAAGUUACGUGGAGGUGUUACUCUGGUGAAGCCAGAAGAACGCAAGGUAGUUGAAGAUAUGUUGUCAGAGACCAUAAGUCAGUGGAGAAAGCGUAAAAGAAUGUUCAAGGAUUUAUGGGAUACCCUCACUGAGAAUUCACCUAAGGAUCCCAAAGAAUUUAAGGAGGAGCUUGGAAUAGAAUAUGAUGAAGAUGUUGGGGUGAGUUUGCAGUCAUACAAUGACCUGAUUCAACAUGGUAAGAAGAGGCCUAGGGGGAAGUGAUGUAUUUAUUGGAAUCAACAGAUUAGGAGUACAGAUUGUUUGGUGUUCUCACCUCAGUGAACAUCACUGCAAAUUACAUAUACCUUAUGUAUUAAGUUUUUACAAUUUAGACCUAGUUUGGGUUGAUUCCCUAAAAUUACAAAUCUAUCUCAUGACUGGAGGAUUGUCAAAAUGCAA